UUCUCAUCAGCACCAGUUGUAUCGAGUUCUGACCAGCCCGAAUAGAAAUCGUGUUCCUUGGUAGACGAUCGCCGUGCUUGGCAUUUGGGAAAGUCUUCUAAACUCGCAGUCUGCGCAUUUAAAUAAACUUUUGUAGGCUUUCUGCAGGGCAAUAUUGGAAAGACCUUUGAAAAUGACUGCUCUUUUAACGUUGUUGUUGCUGUUUUUGAGGACUUUAGAGUCUCGUCGAAUUGGCUCUGGCCACGCAGCGCUGAGUAAGGAGAGGACCGCCCUAGGCACAGAGUUGAACCGGGAGGCAGGUGAAUUGACCCAAGAGGAUUUUGCCGCAUGGGUGAGUCCUCAGCAGGGUGAAUCUAUCACGAUAAAGGAAUCCACAUCUCAGAAUUUCGACAUCUACCCCAAAAGAAUCCCCCGAGGCGCCAAAGAUGGGAGCCCAAAGAAACGGGACCAGAAUUCUCCUCAUAAUUACCGACACCCUAGACCUUAUGAUCCGGACGGUUACUUUACAACACCUAACAGCGCACAUCAUUCCGAUGGUGCUGUGAACGUAGGGGCCCGGGGAAACUCCUCUAACAAAGGAACUGUGCUCCUUCACAACCCACUCUACCCCGUUACCGAGAGCUCCUACGGGGCUUACACGGUCAUGCUACUGGCUCUCAUCUUGUUCGCCGUGGGUAUAGUGGGAAACCUCGCGCUCAUGUGUAUAGUGUGGCACAAUUACUACCUGAAGAGCGCUUGGAACUGCAUCCUGGCCAGCUUGGCUUUCUGGGACUUUCUGGUGCUGUUCUUCUGCUUGCCCGUCGUCAUCUUCAACGAACUCACCACGAAAAGGUUGCUAGGUGACCUCUCGUGUCGUCUAGUUCCGUACUUGGAGGUCACCUCUCUGGGCGUGGCCACCUUCAGCCUGUGCGCCCUGAGCAUCGACCGUUUCCAUGCCGUCACCGCCGGCCCGCCCCUCCGCGCCGGCCCGCGCGUGGAGCCCUGCCAGUCCAUCCUGGCCAAGCUGGCCGUGGUGUGGCUGGGCUCCAUGCUGCUGGCCGCGCCCGAGCUCCUGCUCUGGAAGCUCAGCCAGGAGACCCUCAGCACCCUGCCCUCCGCCCGCGACACCACCCCCCGUCUGGGGGCCCUCGCUGGGCUGAGGGCCUCCAGGGACGGAGGUCCUCUUGGGGGCGUGCAGCAGCCCCAGCCGGGGGGCCCCCUGGUGGACAUGUGCGUCCGCAGGCCCUCCUUGGACCUGCCGGAGUCGGUGUACUCCCUGGUGCUAACCUACCACGAGGCGCGCAUGUGGUGGUACUUUGGUUGCUACUUCUGCUUACCCUUGUUGUUCACGCUGGCUUGCCAGUUGGUGACGAGGCACGUGGCGGCGCAGGAGGCGCUGCGGGGAGGAGCCGGCUCCGGCGGCACAGCCGGCAGUCGCUCCUCCUCUUCCUCCUCGUCCUCCUCGUCUUCGCUGAAGAACAAGCAGCGUGUCCGCUGGGAGCAGCGUUUGAGCUCCACUGUGGUGGCGCUAGCCGCCAUCUACGCCGGCUGUAACCUGCCCGAGAACGCCUGCAGCAUCGUCCUGGCGUACCUCUCCUCCCCUGUCUCCACGGCCACCGAGGCCCUCCUGGCUCUGAUUGGCCAGUUCCUGCUGUUUGUGCGUUGCUCGGCGACGCCGGUGGUUCUGCUGUGUCUGUGCCGCUCGCUCGGCCGGGCCUUCAUGGACUGCUGCUGCUGCUGCUGCGACGAGUGUCUCCCAGACGCCUCCUCCUCCACCUCCGCCACGGCCCCCUCCACCUCUGCCUCCGCUCUCUCCUCCCCCUCGUCCCUCUCCCCCCCCUCCCUCUCCCCCCUCUCCCCCUCCACUCCCUCCCCCAAGAAAGACAAGCUGAAGAUCGUGUCUGGGACUUCACCAACGAUCUACUUUGACAAGGCGAAGGACGCGUCCUCUGUGCUGGCUAUCGGUACUCCCUGCUGAGGCCGAAGGCCUCUAGCUCGGCCCCAGCCGAGGGCAGCUCAGCUGGGGACACAGUCAGGAAGCUGCCCUGCUCCUCCAUCUUCAGGCCACACUGGAUGGACCGGGUCCACAUAGAGAGGCAGCCUGCUGGACGUUUUGGGCCCAAGUCUUUUCUAGAGAGACGAUGUUCAGUAGUUAGGGUUACAGACUUGCAGUGAAUGAACACUCUCUUCUAUGACUUUGGUUUGUUCUGUUUGGUUUGGCUUUGAAAUGUAUGUAGAUAUGUCAAUCAAAACUGUACAUUUGUCGCUGAAUACGAGGAAAGCUGAGCUCAAAACUUUGAUCAACCACUAGUUUUGAAAGGUCACUGACUUUUUUUUAUGAGUUUUUAUGAAAAAAAGAAAACAAUUAUGUUGGCAAGCUGUGGGUCAUUUAAGCAGAGUUGAAGAAGUCAAAGGGACUGUACUGUGGGCUGACUGUUCUCUUUCCGCAUGCCUUCAAGGAAUCUUCCAGAACCCAAGGAAUGUGAACCAGUGACACACGGCGUCAAAGUUUGUCAUAAUAUUCAUCACUGGUGAUUCAGUUUACAGUCAAUGUUCUGUUGGGGUUUAAUCAGUGAACUCAACUCAAUCAAAAGACUUUUGCUUAAACAACUCAAUUCAUGUUGGAGUUAACCCUCAUGAAUUUAUCAGUUUUUAAUGGAUGUGGGAAUAAUAUUAAUUGUCUGGGUGUGGCGUUUCUCAAUCUUUUGUCCUUCAAGACCCACAAAACCAUUUCAGUCUUGAAACAACAUCAGAUACGGGACUAUGUCAGUCUAUUUCUUGUUUUUCAGUUCUAAGCCCUUUCUCAGCUUUCUGUAGCCUAGCAGAGAGGGAGGUCAGACCACUAGAAAACUAUGGUAGCUAUUUCUCUUGUGUAAGAUUUCUAACAUCUACUAAACAUACUAUUUUCACAUAUCAUGUAGCGAGAUUACAACCAAUGCAUUUCGAACCAGUAUUCAACAACAAAGUUUAUAAACCUUUGAAACUUUGAAACAAAUUAUGUAAGAAGAAUGUUAAUAUGAACUGGAAAAGCUUGUUACUUUACUUUACACAAGAUGUGAGUUUGAAAAACUGUUUACAACUUUGACUCAAUCCAAUAUACAUAUACGAAGAGAUACCCCCUCACCUUCAUGUCAUAGGAAAAUCUAAACUGAAAAACAAUUUUCUCACAAACUGUGUAAAUGCUAAUAUUACUCAAAUAUGAUAUUACACCUGGCAAUGGUAAGUACCCUGGCAUUGUGAAUAUAUGUCGCUACCUGUGAAUUCAAAAUAACAUACUGUAUUUAGUAGAGAUGUAAUAUUGAUAGUAUAUUUUUGGUAAUUUUUGUUACUCAGUUCUCUACCCAAUAAACUCUGAGGCUGACUGAGAA